UGGUUUAGAGUCGAUUCUGAGCGACAGCAUUUUUUUCUUUAAGGAGGGUGUCCCGCGGAAGGGUCCCCGGGCCCUACUUGAGAACCACCCUGCGGCUUGAAAACCAGUCCUUCUGUCAAAGUGGCGGCUCUGAGGACAGCGGAGGUGGAGCAGGAGUGACGCUGACAGAGACAGAGCAGGUGUGUCGGGUGACGGGAGGACAGACGAGCCGCGUCCCGCCGCCAGCAGCCUUCAGCGGCGACACCAGCUCACAUGUGACCCAACUUUAAAGAUGCCUCUGGGUUUUUUUUUUUUGUUUUUUUUAUGUUGUUGUUUCUGCUUGUUUGACACCGUCCCACGUUGAUGCUGGUGGACUCUCUAAGUGCGGUCCACUGUAAGAACCCAACCGGACCGGAACGGUUUUUUUGUGAUGGAGUGGCGCGAGCCGUCCGCUGUCAGCUGCGACCAGUCUUACGAGGAGGCGCGGAGGUGGAUCGAGGCAGUAACCAAGAAAAAAUUUGGGAGCAGCGACUUCCGAUCGUCGCUGGAGAAUGGCAUUCUGCUGUGCGAUCUGAUUAACAAGAUCAAACCUGGCAUUAUCAAGAGGGUUAACAGACUACCCACACCAAUAGCUGGACUGGACAACCUCAACGUCUUCCUCAAGGCCUGCAGCAAGCUCGGACUAAAGGAAGCACAGUUGUUUCACCCGGGAGACCUUCAGGAUUUAUCUACACGAGUGACAGUCAAGCAUCAAGAGACCAACAGGAGACUAAAAAAUGUACUGAUCACCCUUUACUGGCUGGGUAGAAGAGCUUACUGUGACCAUUACUAUAAUGGACCUUACCUGAAUCUCAAGGCAUUUGAAGGGUUAUUGGGCACAGCACUGUAUAAGGCUCUCGAGGAGUCGACUGGUCAGAGAGGGAGAAGCGUCAGAGACAGUGGUUUUGGCGAUACUUGGUAUUUGGAGCGAGAGGAACUCUACCACCUGAGCGACGGAGGCAGCCACAGGAGAGAAGACUCCCUGGACAGUUUGGACUCUGUGGGUUCACAACCCCACAGUAUCUCCUCAGACACCACCCUUAAAGGCAGCAGUGAGGGUUGUUGCAGUGACACUGAGGCAGACUCUGCCUUCAGGAUGGCUGACAAAGACGGUGUCAGUUACCGCCGUUCGGUUGUCAUCACACCCAAGCCUACCGCCCAGUUUAACCAGUUCCUGCCUUCUAAAGACAAACCGUCCGGCUAUGUGCCUGCACCGCUGAGGAAGAAACGGGCUGAACACAAUCCUGACAGUCGGCGAAGCUGGACUAAUCCUGACUACACAGACGAAGAUGCCACAUUCACCAGCAGACGCUUCCACAGCCCAUCGCAGGCAACCCCUACAAACUUUGCCGUGCCCAUCAAUCCUCUGGCAGGGGGGGCUAGAGCUGGAGAGAGAAGGAGCUCUGUUCCCAAGGACACGGUGACUCCUAGUGUCACCUCUCGACGGGAUCCGACCUGCCUCAGACAGCACCAAAUGCAAGACAGUAGCGAUGGGAGCAAAUCAAUGAGUGACAUCCAGCUCGACCCAGAAGUCAUUCGGCAAAUCCGCUACGAAGAACUGCAAAAGUACCGUGAGAAGAUAAAGGAGAGCGAGUCUCAGUGGCAGGAUGACCUGAGCAAAUGGAAGAACCGGCGCAGAAGUGUCAACUCUGACAUUGUGAAGAAGAAAGAGGAGCGGGAGAAGAUAGAACAGAUCUCCUUGAGCAGCAACAGAAGGUCCAAGACCUUUAAGGAGAUGCAAGAGGACAGGCCUUUGGAGAGAGAAAACAAAGAAAGAACCAGAGUUGGAAGUCGCCUCGGAUCUCUUUCUUACUUGGACAAUGAUGAAGACAUAUUUGCUGAACCAGUCACUUCCCCACGUACCCGAACCUUGCCUGCCAGGAGCUACACUAUUGACGCGCCUUACAACUUGCCUGAGACGACUUUGAAGGAGAGGGAACCUCCAGCUGCAUCACCACCAACAGGCAGGGUCGUUUCACCUCCCACCUCAAGGGAAAGCGACACUGAGGAUAGUCCUGCAGGCAGUCGCACCACAACCAGCAUCACCACAACCAGCCUCAGCUCUCUCCGCAGUCCACAGUCACCAGGAGCUGGAUCCUCAGAGAGGAGCACCAGCCUGGUCUCAGAAUAUACCCAAGCACCCAAAACAGAGCACACCUCAAAACUCAUUUCCUCAGUUGAACCAAAGCACCCGCUGACUGGCACACAAACUGACAUGGAGGCCCUUUCCUCUCGUUUCUCAUACAGACAACAGCCACAGCACAGCUCAGUGGAAACAAAGAGUGCCGGGGUGUCUCGGGUUUCUGCUUCCCUCCCCAGGAGCUACCAGAAAUUAGACCGUACACGUCUUUCCUCAGUUGUCACGCCCAGACCCUUUGGGAUCCAGUCCAGUCACAUCAGCUCACUUCCCAGGGCCUAUUCAACCAACGAAUCUGACAAACGUGUCAAUGGUGAUGCCACAUCUAAGAACUCAUCUGUGCCAAGCCGUUAUCAUCAGUUUAUGACCUCUGAGGACGAGGCUCAGUCCAGUUCAGCCCACAGCAGCGAAGAUGAAGAGGAGGAAGAAGACACCAUGGGGAAAAACAUCACCUCCACUCAAAGCACCUCAACUCUGUCUAAUGUGGUCAAGAGUGGCGGUCCUGUCAGUCCUGUUUCAGCCAAAGAUACCAAGCAGGAGAACUGCUGUGAGAUGCGGAUCAGCCUGAACCAGAAGCCCAACAGCAGUAGAGACUUUGGCUUCCAUACAGACUGGGAUUCUACGGGGGCUCACGUCACAUCCAUCCAACAUGGCAGCCCGGCUGAGAUGUGUCAGCUUCAGCCCGGUGAUGAGGUGCUGACCGUGAACGGGCAGCAGGUGGCACACAUGAGCUACAAAGAGUGGAAGGCGCGUAUGGAGGAGGCACUGCAGGAGGGCAGCCUGGUUAUGGAUAUACGCCGUCACGGGGAGAACAACUGGGGCAGAGAUCAGCCUUCCCUGCCAUUUAAAAGCCAUAAGACCAUCAAUCUGACCAGUACGGAUCAUCCAAUACUUCUAGGUUCCCAUGAUGCAAAUCUUUCCAACAACACCAGUUUGGAUUUCACGUCACGCUUUUCCACGGAAUCAUUCAAAGAGAUGACACACCCACGUAUCAAUGCAGCUUCAAAUGGUGUCAAUGGAGGCUCCCGUGACGGGUCAGUGACCGUGAAGGAGAAAGAAUCAGAACCAAUAUCUUUGAAAAACUUAAAACGGAGGUCAGAGUUUUUUGAACAAGGAGGAUCCGAUUCUGCAAUGCCAGAUAUACCUGUUCCUCCAAUCACUCCAUCUUCCAGAAACUGGUCUUGGGAUCCUGAAGAGGAGCGCAGAAGACAAGAGAAAUGGCAGAAGGAACAAGACCGCCUCCUACAGGAGAAAUAUAAGCGUGACCAAGAGAAGCUGCAGGAAGAAUGGCUCAAAGCUCAGCAAGAGAUCGCCAGAAGUGAAAAAUCCCAAGAGCCAGCGGCCGAGGACUUUAACAGUCACAGCGCUGGCCCUCGCUCACCUUUCUCUCCGCUGAGCCAGCCCAGUCUUCACUGGGAAGAGGAGGAGAAGAAGAAGCGAAAAGAGGAGCAGGAGCGCCAGAGACAGGUGGAGGAGAGAAGGAGGAGAGAAGAGGAGGAGCAAGAGCUUCAUCACCUCCAGGAGGAGAGGAAGAGGAGAGAAAGGCAGGAGGAAGAGGAGCGGAAGAAGAGAGAGGAGGAGCUGAUGUUGCAGAGGAGGAGAGCAGAGGAGCAAGAGCUUCUUCGCCUUCAGGAGGAGAGGAAGAGGAGAGAAAGGCAGGAGGAAGAGGAGCGGAAGAGGUGGGAGGAGGAGCUGAUGUUGCAGAGGAGGAGAGCAGAGGAGCAAGAGCUUCUUCACCUUCAGGAGGAGAGCAAGAGGAGAGAAAGGCAGGAGGAAGAGGAGCGGAAGAAGAGAGAGGAGGAGUUGCUGAGGUUGCAAAGAAUGAGAGAGGAGGAGAGGAGGCAGCAGGAGGCAGCUGAGCAGCAGCAUAGAGAAAAGGAGCAGCAGUGGUCUGCAGGGUCUCACCACUUCUCCAGAGUCCAGCAUCCAUAUUCGUUAGCAGACAGGGCAAAGUCCAAAUCAACGUCCCAACUUGAAGAGGAGGCUCCACCUGAGAGGAAAGGUGUGGCUGCACAGUCAGUGGGCAAGGCCCAGUGCCUGCUGGAAAAAUGGGAGACACGCACCAGUCAUGCCCGCCGUGAGAGAGCGGCGUCUGAGCUGGAGGCAUCGCGCAGAACUAUCCUGAGUGCCAUAAGACACAGAGUGCCAGAGAGAGUGACGGGCAGCACGGUAGCUCAGGCGUCCUGGCAGGAAUCACAGAUGAAAAAUCAGCUGCCCAUGACAAAGUCGGAGCUGGAUCGCCAGCAGAUCAUCCAAGAGAUGAAGAAGAAGACCCCAUUGUUGACGGACAGCAGCUGGAUCCGUCAGCAGUCCACCAGUACAGCUAUCGGCAACGAUUCAGAAGUUCCCCCGUUGCGCAGAGGUGAGUCACUUGACGCCCUUGAUCCCUCCUUCAACUCCUGGCGGUCAUCAUGGACACCCAAAAGCAACUCCUUUGACCUCAACUCCAACAGCCGGCCUCACUCUGCCCUCCCUGGCAGCAUGGGGUUCAAUAGCAGCGGGUUGGCGCCACGGUCAAGUUCCACUCUACCGUCCUCCUACUCCACGGGCAGCCUCAAAGGCGGGGAAGGAACUCCAUCAGCUCCCUGGUUUCAGCCAGCGCCUUCUCCCUUGUUCUCGUCUAAGUCAUCUACGUCAUCAUCAGAGCCCAUGUCUGAGACGGGCCCUCCUCAGCAGCGCAGCAGGUCGGUGAGCGGCAAGAAAAUCUGUACGUACUGCGGCACCUCCCUGGGAAAAGGAGCGGCCAUGAUCAUCGAGUCCCUCGGGCUCUGUUAUCAUUUGAGCUGUUUUAAGUGUUUCGACUGCAGAGCUGACCUUGGAGGAACUGAAGCCGGUGCUGAAGUCAGAAUACGAAACAAACAGCUCUACUGUAACCUCUGCUAUGUCCGGUUUAAAACCGGCCAGCCGACCAGUAUGUGAUGUGAUGCUUCUCCAGUAGAUUGAUGAAGAGAGUCUUUGUGACAAGUGAAGCCAUAACAAAAUAGUUAGGAUAUCUGGGGUUUUUUUUUUUUUGCCUUUGCAUGCUUCCACUUACAACUCUAGAAAAGUGCACUUGAUGUGCUGAUAAGAAUCAUUUUCUUCUUCUUUUUUUGAUCUUUUUUAAAAGCUUGCAAAGAACUUUACUGUGUUAAUAUCUUAAGUGUUCCAGUUGUACAGAGUUGAAGGGCUGUGCAUGCAGAAGAUCUUUUAGCCAGUAAUCGUCAAGUGUUAUAUAACCUGUAAGAUUAUUGAGGCAGGUCUUUGUUGUUGUUAUUGUUAUUAUUAUUAUUAUUAUUAAGUGACUUUUCAUAUUUCAUUUGGGCAAUAGUGCAGUAUUGUCUCCUCUCAUUUAUGCUCCUUUAAAGCUGAGUCUUGUGCCUUUUUAUUUGAAACAGACAAAUUAUUAGAAUUCUGUCAGAUAUAUUUAAAAACCCUCCACAGAGGAUUCUGUACCGACGCUGGUUUCCCGUGAAGAGAAUAUAUAAAUGGACGGCAUUGAGGCAGACUUUAAUCCGUAACCUUUGUAAAUAAAACGAUGUUAAAAUAAAGUUCCGCUGUGUGGUUCCUCUCUCAUCACCCCUCAUUACGCUCCUUGUCGUCUCACCUUCUCUGGCGCUGCGGUGAGGAUAAAAAGGAAUUUCAAUGAGCUUUUCUUAUGCAAUGUUGCAGAGAACCUGCCUGUUUCGUGUUCGCCGCAGCCAAUUUGUCAUGCAUAUUUCAUCCAGCGUGCACACAUUCCAUUUGAUUGCACUCUGACAAAACUGUCCUCUUAAUGCAUUCUGUCAUUCGAUGAAAUCAUAUCUGCGUCGUAUGGAAAUGAGGAAGGAUGCUGAUUGCUCCAGAAUGCGUGGAAACGACAAGGUGAGUGUGCUCCUUUUAUGGGCAAAAAGCACUCCCGAAGCAAUGUAUAGAAAACAGUGGGACUGAGCCUAAAGUGAUUCUGUGUUCUUGAGGUGAAGUACACACACAGUUCCAAGAGUUGCAUGUCUUAAAAAUUCCUAGAUUCCUUUUUUUGGAUUUUUCUUGGCUCCCUUGUCUUGGAGAUUUUAAUCCUAAUGCUUACAAAAGAAGUGAAGCCUGCGUGGCGCCAAGCACAGGAAAUCUAAAACCUUCCAGCAUAAAGCACCCCAUCUUUUUAUUUACUUUUUUUUCUAGUUUCCAAAGCCGAGACCACUGGCAGCUUUUAAAGACGCCUUUGAGGUGGGAAUGGAAUGACUUUACUCAGCUGGUCAGAAGAAUGAGGUUUGUAAGGAGACAACACACAGAUGGAAAAGCUUAAAUAUUUCUGCACAAACCUCCAUCUAGAAAUCAUCUUUAACUCCUUAUGUUUUCCUUUUACAGCGGUGCUGAGAGGA